AUGGAUUUACUUCGUGCCCUUGUAGUUGUUUCUGAAAAGGCUGCAAAUAUAGCUAGAGUAUGUAGGCGAGAUGGACAUUUGUUUGAAUUAUUAGUUCAGAAGAAAACGACAGCUGAAGCUAAUCCCCGGUUUGUAGAAGAUUUUAAAACAUUAGCGGAUGUACUGAUACAAGAAAUGGUUAAACAUGAUAUUGGAAAACAAUUUAAAGAAUUAUCAGCUAAUAUAAAAGGAGAAGAAAAUAACGUAUUUAAAAACAAAUUAGGAGAAAAAAUAUGUGUAGAAGUAAAACCUAGCGAGGAAGAAACAUCAAGUCUAUUAGAAAUUGUAUUAAAUGGAGAUCACUUAGCAGCCACAUUGCUAGCAGCAGAAGUACAUAGAGACUUAGAUAUUGAGCACAUUAAAACGGAUGUACCUGAAACAGAAUUUAAUGUCAACUAUGAAGAAUUGGGUAUAUGGAUUGAUCCAAUUGAUUGUACAGCUGAAUAUGUUCAUGGUGGAUCUGGAGAAAGUACCAAUAAUAUUCAUAAAAACGGACUUAAGUGUGUCACAAUUUUAAUAGGAGCAUUUAAUAGAACUACUGGUGAACCUGUCAUGGGUGUUAUAAAUAGACCAUUCCUUGACCCUGAAGACUUUCAGCAUUCCCAGCAAUGUAUGUGGGGAGUAUCCCUUCCAGAUUUUAAGUGCAAUAGUAGACUGAAUACCAUUUCUAAGAAGAAUAUUAUUUGCAUAAGCAGUAGUGAAAAUGAUGACAUUAAGAAAAAGUUAACUAGUCACGGUUAUACCUUAAUUGAAGCAUCAGGAGCUGGAUACAAGAUUUUAACAGUAAUUUUAGGUUUAGCAGAUGCUUACAUUUUAACUAAAGGUACUACUUUUAAAUGGGAUACUUGUGCGCCUCAUGCCAUAUUAAAAUCACUCGGAGGAGACAUAAUUAACUUUCUUCAAAUAACAUCUUCUGACGAGUCAAAGAGUAUAAAAUAUUUUAAUGAAGAAAGUAACUGCAAUUUGAAUGGAAUUAUCGUAUAUCGGGACGAAAACCAAUUAAACGAGAUUGUUAAUAUUUUAAAGUUAUAA